AAUAAGGUACAGUACAUUUUGUGGGAUAAAAAAUUCUUCCAUUUUAUUUCUAAAUUGAAAAAGGGCUGUAGUGCGAAGAGCUGCGAUCGAAAAAAUAUAACCAUUUUUUUCAGCAAAGAAUGGCCAAUAGAAUCUUAAAUACGCUCAUUACCUGGUAAUUUAAUUAAGCGGUGCUGGUUUCGGUACUCCAAAUAAAUGCCUUUGAAAACAGUCAUUUGUUGCUGCUAUCUGGUAUGAUCAUUAUCACCGUCACCAUCAUCGAUGAUGACGAUCAUGUCUUAUAAAUUAAGUUAUACCUAUGCCGUAGUGGUAAAGGCCCUGUCACAUUGUCAAAUAUUUUUCUCCAACUACAUUUGAUAUUAGUGUUGAAGGAGUAGUAUUGGUUGAAGAAUAGCUUCUAAAUUUCCACUUUAAAUAUAAUUGGACGGAUAAUCUCAAAUAUGUUUUAGAUCAUGUCACACUACCAAAGUUUACUUUUGGUUUGAGCUAUAACAAUUAUUUAAAUUUUAAUCUCAUUUUUAAAUUAAAUAAUGUUUCACAGUGUAAGAUGAAAUUUUUGAACUGUGGUAAUAUUUGUAUAUUUUUUAACAAUAAUAAUUUUAACUUUUAAUAACAUUAUUUACAUAAUAAAAUAAAUAUAUAGUAAUUUAUUUACGUUAUAGAAGCAAAACAUUAUUUUUACAUAUAAAAUUAUUUCACUUGCAUCAUAAACAUUGUUAUUAUUAUUUUUUUUGUUUCACUUUUAUAACCUCUUUAAUCGCUCCUGUGUUCUUGCCAUUUUAAAGAAUUGUUGUGACGGUAAAAUAUGUCCUUUAUUUUUGCUAGGCACAAUUUUUAUUGGAAGAUUGCUUCCAGCAUGUAACAUAUUUUAGAACCCGUCCUAUAUGUAAGAUAGUUCAUAGACACUCAAGUCAAGUAAGUGAUCUGAGCCAAGUCAUCACACAAAAAAGUUGUCAAAUAAAAAAGUCUGAGUUAGUGACGUUUUUAGUGGCGUUAUAACCCAAUUUUAUUUGACGCAGCAUAUUGGAAAGCUUUGGAAGCGGAAGCUUGACAGAGUAACAGGACCUUACGAUACUGGAAUUGCAUUCCAGAGGAUCCCGGCUUGAGUACCGGUUCUUGCCAUCCUGAUUCCUGUCUUCCAGUCAAAUCUGGGAUAACACCUUACCAUAGGUUAUGACCAGUUUCUCCUCCAGUGACAUUGGUCUGUGUACCUGUGAGCUGACUGUAUCAUAUCCUCCAGUGACCCUGGUCUGUGUGCCUGUGAGCUGACUGUAUCUUAUCCUCCAGUGACCCUGGUCUGUGUACUUGUGAGCUGACUGUAUCAUUCCUCCAGUGACCCUGGUCUGUGUGCCUGUGAGCUGACUGUAUCUUAUCCUCCAGUGACUCUGGUCUGUGUGCCUGUGAGCUGACUGUAUCUUAUCCUCCAGUGACCCUGGUCUGUGUGCCUGUGAGCUGACUGUAUCUUAUCCUCCAGUGACCCUGGUCUGUGUGCCAGUGAGCUGAAUGUAUCUUAUCCUCCAAUGACCCUGGUCUGUGGUCCUGUGUGCUGACGUGUAUCUUAAGGGCCCCGCACGGAAUCCUCAGAGAAAUAACUGUACAGGCUUGGCUCAGAACAUGUUCAGAGGUGACAGUGGGAUGUGUUGGCAUCGGAAGAUGUGUUGGCUGUUGUUUUUUUGUAAAGUAGAGCUAGACUUGACAUAAAUGAUGUUAGAAAUCGUGGAUAGGUUAUGGGAUGUGAUUGGAGCACUGUCUGAAUGAAUGGGCGCGGUACACGGGAGUACCACGAUAAAACCCUCAAGCUGAGGGCAAUGUCUGCACGUUUUCUCUUGAGAGAACUAAGUUACUUACUUUAAAAAACUGAAGCACCGUAGUUUCAAUUAGAGAAACUUCAUUUCUUCCAGCUCCCGACUUUAUUUUCCCUCCAAAUUUUUUUGUCUCCUACCUCUACAGACUACCUAUGUUGUAUAUAUAUAUUUUAGUUUCGGCCCAGUUGCUAUUUAAUGUUUCGACUAAAGGUGCGUAGGCAUUUUAUUUUUUCUCCCUUUGAUCAUGGUUCUUGUUCCUUUUUACCAGUGAAAGGCAUGGUUAUGAUUUGUACGUUUUUAUAAACUGUUCCAUUACGUCGCGAGACACGGUUCGCCAGCAUCAACUGACCUGGACUGUGUCGCAAGGCCACACACGCUCAGGUUGGCCUGCGCUGUCCAGCGAGUGUCUUCCCACAGUCUCCGGCGGCCUGCACAGUGCCUGAGAACUGCGCAGUUGCGUGGCUCACACGCCCCGAGUAUCCAUAACGCCAGGCCUGUGCAGUUUUCCCUCUGAGGAUUUCCUGAACGCUGUGGAUUCGCGGGCAGGAUUUUCGCGAGGAAGAAGAUGAGCAUGGAAAGGGCCAAGAAUAGCAUCGACACGUAUUACACGAUGAAAGCUCUAGCUCCGGAGUAUUUGCUGAACAGAGACCCAGCCAAUCAGCAGUUCAGAGCUUCCAUGGAGCACUACAACGUAGCGCCCAUGCCGCAGCUGACGGACCGCCUGACCAGGGUGUACGCGCUGAGGGCCGUGGACCGCGAGUUCUCGCCGCACAUGCUGACGGACUGGUCCAAGUACACGAUGAUGCUGGUGGACAUCCAGCAGUGGGACGACCUCAGCCUCGCCGAGGAGGUGGUCAUCGACCUCUCCAACAUAACGCUGCAGCACGUCGUCGCCUUCACGCCGCCGGUGCUCAAGAAGCUGGUCGCCUGCUACCUGAAACGGUACUCCUUCAAACCUCACAGCAUUCAUUUUGUGAAUGCACCCUCAAUAGCGGAUGCCACCCUGUCCUUGUUAAAGACAAUGGUGAAAACGAAAAUAGCGAACAGGAUAUUCAUUCACUCCAAAGAAGGUUAUAGCACACUCCAUCAUCACAUAUCGCCAAAAUACUUGCCCAAGGAUUUUGAUGGAGAAGGACCAGAGUUGAAGGAUAUGCAUGAUGCUUAUUUGGCGAAGAUAGACUCCUAUAGAGAGUGGUUUCUGGAGAAUGAUAGCUACGUCGUGCGGGAGGAACUGAGACAAGGCACGCCCAUCUCCUAUAGUGACGUCUUCGGCAUGGAAGGUUCUUUCCGUCGAAUGACCGUUGAUUGAGCUUCAGUCACCUUACAUAGACAGAAUAUAUUAUAAACGUUGUUAUUUAUAUAGUUUUUUUAUGGCGUUUUACCAAACGGUUUUGAUUUAAACGAAGCAUAACUCUCUAUAUAUAUAUAUAUAUAUAUAUAUGAUUGUGUGUGUGUGUACUGCUAAAGUACAGGAUUGUUGUUGUAUGUAAGCAUAUAUAUAUAUAUAUAUAUAUUCAUUUAUGGCUUUGUUAUUAUUGGUAAAUUAAAGACAGUGUUAUCAGAUGCAUACCCUGCAACUUAAUUGAAUCUCCUUACAGUUAUUUUUUAAUGACCGAGAUACCUACUGUUGUCUUCUUUGAAAGCUGCUUGUGAGGUUUGUAUGUUUUUGAUCAGAUGUUUUUCAGAGAAAAACAUGAACUGAACAGUUCCAUCAUAAAAACAUGCUGCAUGUUCAUUAGAGCCUGCCUUAUGUUGACGUUAUUUAACACGUUAAAGGACCCCACCAUGCUGAUGUUAAGUGUUAUUGGGAAACAAGUUUUACAUUAUUUGUGGCAGGAUGUAGAAAAGUUCAUCGCUAAUUAUUUUGAGGUACAGCAAAAAUACUCGUAGAAAUAAAUGAUAUUUAUUUUUGAUAUUUCAAUACGAUUUACAUAUUUGGAAAAUACAUAUGUAAUGCAUUACUACCUUUAAUGCAACUUGAAAAAUUCACUUUUAAAUCUUAAACCCAGUAGUUUGACUAUGCAAUUGAAGUUAACACAGUUCUUUGAUAGUAUCAGCAGUUUAAUAGUCUAGUCAUAAAGAUUGAAAGAAAUAAAUGUACUCAUUAUAACCACGACAAAUAUGUAGAUCACAUAUAUGGUCUGAGUAUUUUUAUUAACAGUGAUCUUAAGAAGACGUUUACCAUACUAUAUUGAAACAAUGAAGAAUUUUGUCUAAUUUAACUUGUAGGUGAUGUGGUUGCAUAUGGAUCCAUUUACCCCUCACAUUUCAAUAACAUAUACGAAAAUUUUAUGUAAAACUCUCUCAGAUAAUUAUUAAGCAGUAGCUUCUAUUGGUGAUUCAAUGCAAUUUAAGUUCUCAACUAAUUACAAUAAAGGACUGACAAAGCAUUAAUACUCAUAAGAGGAUAGAUAAGUCAGAACCUUUUACCUCCUGUAGCGUAAACCUCAAAAAUUUACAUAAUACUAGUUAAAUAAGUAAAACGCAUCUUGUUUUAGAUCCAUAAAUAUUACUUCAUUUAAAAAAAAAUGGGGUAAGGAUUGAUCAUGACCCAAUGAUAGAGACUAUCCUACAAUUUGCCUGCAACGAUUUUGGAAAAUCACGGGAACACCGAAGUUAGGAUGGAUUGCAUGUUUUUUUUAUGUCAGGGUCACUCUAAUGACAGUCCACUUUUCCGUUCGGCAAGUUGAGGAAGUUGAAGAAGCUGAGGAAGUUAGGAAUUAGAGGAAUUUGAGGAAGUUGAAGAAGUCGGUAAGGUUCGCGGAGUGGGAAAGGAAUUGGCGUGCUGUCGCAGCACACUUCUAGGCUUAUUGCUUCCACCAACCUCCACGCGUUCACUGUCAAAAAUGUUCACAUUAAAUUUACCAGCAAUGCUAGUUACAAAUUAUCCAGGGAUCUCCGUGAAUUCACGUUGUUUUCGUGAACUUCCAAAGUGAUGUUUUCUCUUAAAUUGAACAUGAAUCCACAAGCUUAAUCUUGGUAUGCCAACAAACACAUUAAAAAACUGGCUUAGUCAACUUCAAGAAAGCCCUUCUUCCUUACUCUUACCUGUUUACCUUGUUUGUAGCGUAGCAAGGAACUGUUAAAAUGGAAAACGACAUUUUUUUUUUACGAAGAUUCGGAUAUCUUAAAUUACGAUCAUAUCUUCUUUUCAAUUCUUUGUUGAAAAGUCCGUAUAUUUAAUGUAUUUCCCAAAAGUGUGUUUACUAAAAUAUUUGCGGGGAUAAAAGGUAAAGUUUUUGUCUAGCCCCCAGAAAAGAAACGCACCAGCCAGAUAUCAACUGAGCUGACGUAGGUAAGUCAGCAAGUACCUCGAAUAGUUGGGGAAUCAGCUUUAGCUGAAUCUGUUAUUCAGGUUUUUUCGUCACAAUACCAUCAUAUAGGGUUUUCUGUUAUUAAAAUAAAAAUGAGAUUUAUUUAAUUAUAUAAAACAAAUUAUUAAUAUCACAUAUACAUAAAAGAAAAUAAAAAAUAUUUCCUUAUAUGUUAUUAAAUAAAUUCUUAAUUUUAAUUUAUGCAAGUGCCAAAUUACUGCUUAAGGACCUUUUAAAGUAUGUGUCCUCAACUGUGCCGUUCUCACUUUGUUGGAAGUUAUGAAAUAUUACUGCACUUUAAAAGAAUGCAGUCAUAUAAAUAAUGUCUAAGAACAAUCAUUUUUGAAGAAAAAAAAUACGACCACAAAAUUUUGUUUUCGUUCGCGACUCUACUUCUUAAAUAGAGUCGUUUGUCUUGAGAAACAAGUGCUGCGUUUUUUAUAGCAGAGCGUUAAAUUUUUUUCUUUCUAGAUGAGUAAAACUAAGCGCAGUUUUUGUUUAUUCUAGACAACAGUCUAAGUGGCUAUAAAAUGUGCCAUUAUUAUACCAAGCACUGUAACAAAUAAAAUCCGACAUAUAAGUUGAUUAAAAAGUUGCACGCACACUAAAACAACAAUAAAAAGAAAUUAUCUCUCAUUCAUCCCAGAGAGAGAUGGUAGGCAUUUUGUUCUGAGACGUAAUUAAUUUUUUUUUGUGAUACAUGAACUAAAUAACUUAUUUUCCUCGAAAAUUAUCGUUAAUGUGAUAGCCACGAACAUUAUAAUUUAAAAUCUGACUUCUAUACAUUGACUUUAAAGUGUUAAGCCGGAUCGUCAUAGAAGAUCGCACAUUUUGUACAUUUCUACUCGACACAUUAGUGUCUUGUAUGUAGUUCCUCCUCCCCGCCAUUUCUUUUUGCAAAGCCGCCACUUAACUGCCUUUCCUUUUACCCUCCCCACCCCCUUUUCUCAAGAGGUUCGCGCAUGCGAGCUGGGUAUUUCCAAAAGCAUAAAACAAGCUUGACUCGCUGGCCUCGGCCUCGUUGUACUGGUCUAAUUAGCGGCGGCGCGGCGGCCGGUGUAGGGUGAGUCAUAGCGAAGAUGGUUUGCUAAUUUUUUGGCUCAAGGUGGCAUGCGGUGGCCAUACCUUGUCACGUAAAUUUUGUAAUUUUAUUUUAUUUAUUUUCUUUGAAAUUGAUGUAACGGCUGGGGAAAAAUUUCGUUCGGUUAAAUGUUUCACCGCUUGUUUAACAUGGGUUAAAAUUCUUUUUGCCAUAAAAAAAAAACCUUCAGCGCAAACGCUUUGGUAGCGUCAUUGCAAUAUGAGGAAAUUUUUCCUAGGGUAGUUCAAAACUCGGUUAAUGUCUCUUCCUCCCUUCCCAUCCUCACAAUGGACCACACAAACUUUCAUGAUAUGGUUAUGAUAAAUCCUUUCUGUAACGAUAAAGUAUUAUGAGCUACGGGCAGUCUUCGCUGUUGUAUA